GUGCACGUCUGCAGCUUCGACUCGCGCAAUGACAGCCCCGAAGGAUAUAUCAAGUCGCGAUGAGCUCACUAAACGAGCGGUUCCCAGCAUGGUAUUGAGUGACGGCAGCCCUUCAUCCAUGACCCCACCACCUGCAACAAACACCGAGAGCGACCCCAAUAUAGCGGCACAGAAGAGGUUUACAGUGCAAGGAAAUGCAGUUGUUACUGGCGGUGCCGGUACGUUGGGACUGCAGUCGUGUAAUGCGCUACUCGAACACGGCUUAAACGGCCUGAUGAUUAUGGACAUGGACCCGACCAUUUCCCAGAAAGAAAUCGAACAGCUACGAGUCAAAUUCCCGAAAGCAAAAAUUGCUACGCUAAAAGUCGACGUCACCGAUGAGGUCGCCGUGGAAUCAGCCUUCGAGGAGACUACUAAAGUACUGGGAUCAGUGGAUGCGCUGCUCUGUUUCGUUGGUGUUGUCGGAUGUAUCGACUCAUUGGAGAUGCCUAUCCCGCAGUGGCGAAAGAUUAUGGACAUCAACACCACAGGCUCUUUUAUCUGCGCACAAGCUGCUGCUAAGCGGAUGGUGGCUCAAGGGACGGGCGGCUCUAUCACCUUUGUGGCAUCUAUCUCCGGCCAUCGUGUAAACUUCCCGCAACCUCAGGCUGCAUACAAUGUCAGCAAAGCGGCGAUUCUAAUGCUGAAGAGUUGUCUUGCAGCGGAGUGGGCUCGGUAUGGCAUCCGGACGAACAGUGUUAGCCCGGGGUAUAUGGAUACGAUUCUCAAUGCAGGUGAUGGGAUUGCCGAACACCGCCGGAUUUGGGCCGAACGCAACCCUACUGGAAGAAUGGGCAGUCCAUCUGAGUUGACCGGCGCCAUUGUAUUACUGGCGAGCACUGCCGGUACAUAUAUGAAUGGUGCUGAUAUCGUUGUUGAUGGGGGACAGAUUGUAUUCUGA